AUGCGUCCUUGGACCCGGCCGGCCUCCCUGCAACCAACGCUUUACCACAGUCCAACCAUUCCUAGCAAAUCCCGAGAAGUUUCUGACGAGACAAUCGCAAAGAAUGUGGAGCAGAUUAGUGCCACUCCUACACUGGCACUCAAAGCUGAGCAUCACCAAAUGCAGAAUUCGCUGGGCCUGUCCUCACUCGCUCUGUCUGGAGUUCGUGUGAUCGCAACGCCAGUCGGAAUCGCUAGACUGAACUUGGAAGGGACGGACGCAAACUACACCACUGAGCCAACAUUCCAUCCGCCGUUGUCCUCCGGUGAGCGGACCUUCACAUUCCACAGUGCCGUUCCGACGUAUCCGCCAAGUGACUGUACUUCCGAUUUGUUGAAAGGCGUUUGUCCCGACCUAACUACUCUAACAGAUAAGGGAAUUUCCGGUAUGGUCCUGAAGUUGGAGAUCUCAGAGCACAAGUAA